CUCUCUCACACACACACACACACACACACAUUACUCCCCCUCCCUGUCUCUCGUUCCCUCCGCAUUAUUCUGAGCUUCAUCUCCUCGGCUGGAAUCACACAAGAUGCAUCUGUAGAUUGAAAAUCACUCUAUUGGAUUUUCUGAGGAUUUUCCUUGCACCGGAUCUUAGGAAAGAUGCUGGAAACGGACUGUGAACGGAGAUGGGACGAGAGCUGUUAAAUCAACAUGUUGAGGAGGACAAACCGGACCUUUAGUGAUGAGAAGUUAAGAAGCGGACACCCAUCGCCCGUCAUUGCAGCUGCGCGUUUCGGAGCUCUUCAUGUCGUGAAUAACUGACGCUCCGUUAGGACUCUCGUUUUUGGACGGUCUCGGUGUUGUUAUGUGCUCUAAUUGUGCGGUUAUGUAACUCUAAGUGCUUUCCGUGGUAAGAAACACGAGUCUAUCGGUAUCGCUCAUGCUCCGGUGCAUGCCUGCUCGAGAGACGCGCGCGCGCUCGCUCCCUCGCGCCGGUGGUCUGCACCGUGAAUCUGCACCGAAUCUGCACGAUCGUCACCGGACCCGCGUCCCUCGCUCUCCCGUGAGAUGGCCGCGGCGAUCGCCAGCUCGCUCAUCCGACAGAAACGGCAGGCGCGCGAGUCAAACAGCGAGCGAGCCGUGUCCGGUAAGCGCCGCUCCAGUCCCUGUAAAGAGCCCUCCGGCCGAAGCUCCCUGUGCAAUCGGCACCUGUUCGGACUCUUCGGUAAAGUCCGGUUCUGCAGCGGGAAAAAACGACCCGUGCGCCGGAAACCAGAGCCUCAGUUGAAGGGGAUAGUGACCAGGCUCUUCAGCGAGCAGGGCUUCUACUUGCAGAUGCAGCCAGACGGAACCGUCAGCGGGUCCAAAGACGAAAACAGUGACAACAAACAUGCAGCCACAAUUAUGAGGAAGACUACUGACUUGACAGUUGUCCAGAAGACGACCAUCGACACCCUCCACAAGGAGUGUGAGCCACAGAAGGUCAUCGCUGAAAGGGCUGAAUCUAAAUACAUUUAUAGAAAGUUAACUGGAAGGAAGAAGUGUGGUAGGAAAAGCACAAGCAACAGGGAUGACCGCAGCCUUGGGAAGAUUGUCAGGAAAAGCCGAUUCAAGAACUCGGGAGAGCUUCACAAGGAGUGGACUGAAGCCGGAGUCAGCGCAUUAAGAGUCACCACACACAGAUAUCUUCAGGAAAUGGGCUACAGCUGUCACAUUCCUAGAACCAAGCUGCUCCUGAACCAGAAACAACAGAAUCUAUGGGGUACUGUCAAGAGGAAGAUAAGUAACAUCGGACCAAACAAUACAGACGAGCUGAAGGCCGCUAUCAAAGCAAGCUGGGCUUCACUAACGCCUCAGCAGCGCCACAGGCUGAUCUCCAUGCCACGCUGCAUUGAAGCAGAUACAUUCACAGCGGAGUGUAAGUUUAAGGAGAGUGUUUUUGAGAAUUAUUAUGUGAUCUACUCAUCCACGGUGUAUCGCCAGCAUGAGAGCGGACGCGCCUGGUUCCUCGGACUCAAUAAAGAAGGAAUCAUCAUGAAGGGAAACCGGGUCAAGAAAACUAAACCAUGCUCACACUUCGUGCCCAGACCCAUUGAAGUGUGUAUGUAUAAGGAGCCGUCGCUGCAUGAUAUUGACGAGAAGCAGCGGUCCAGGAAAAACUCAGGAACUCCCACUAUGGGCACCAGGAAAGAGUUGAACCAGGACUCUACCGAUCAUGAAGGCUCAUAGCCACACACACACACACACACACACACACACACUGACCUGUAAAUGUACACGCGCACAUACACACACUCUCUCACACACACACACACACACACACAUACACAUCCGGUGACCCCUGGAGCUGAAUGCUUUCUUACACCCGAACAAACAACAGCAACUUCAGCAUCGACAAACAUCAACUGAAACAAAAAUUAACAAAGUAACAUGAAAAAAAAAGUAUUUAAAAAAGCUGAAUUCUUGCCUGUGAAAAUAUUUUAGGAGUCUCUGAAAAUCACUACAUGAUUUUACAUUUUAUGCAAAGUCUGGCAAGAGUCUGUUGGCGUCACAUGCUCGUGGAGACGCGUGAGGGUGUUUUCUUUCGGGAGUCUGAGCUUUAAAGCCAUGUUCGAUGAUCACACGUUGAUUUAUGAAUGCCAAAAGCACUUUCGCUCACCGCUAUACGUCUCUCACCUCAUUAAUCUUGAAUGUUCUCAUCGAUUGUGUCCUCCAAUCAUUGCUUUGUUUUUUUAUUCUGGGUGGGAGGGGGAGGGGCUUGUGAAUACUGCUCUGUGAUUGGCUGGAGGGUUCAGGAAUUGCUCUGCUGAUAGGCUCUGACUGAAACGGAAGCAGAUCUGCUUCAUCUCAUUCCACUGUAUGAAUUGUCAUACAGUCUCCACUUCUGUAGCAUUUUUCUUUAAAUCCCCUCUUAUAAUGUUACUCGACAUUCAACAAUGUCAUUUUCCGCCGUCUCUGAAAUAGGCUUGCUACUGUACCUUUAAGACUUGUAUAUGUAAAUGAACUGUUAUGAUUGGAGAGCAUCAGCAUACUGGUGCCGUUUAUUGGGGCGGGCCGCUGAAUAGGUGUUGAUGUGUAAAUGUGGGCGGUGAUAUGUUAAUGAGCUUAUGGUUAUGAUGUCAUAAUCAUGACGAUUUCUGAGCCAAUAAUGGCGUGGCGAAUGUUACAAACAUCCAGAUCGAACUCUUUUAUUUGAAAACUUUUUCCCGUGGUGUUUUGAAUGUGCUCAAAAUCAAGCGGAUGGACAGUGAUGUCUCAAUCUGAGAUUUUGCAUUCAGUAAACGGAAGCGUCUGCUCUCAUUUCACCAUACGCCUGUUUUAAACCGUUCUCUCUGAGAGAUCGGGUUUUUUUAUCCUGCCAAAAGCACAGACUGCCCUCGGAGUAACUAAACUGGACUAAACCACUUAAAACCAGAGAAUAUACUGCCCCGGCUUUCUUUCGCUCAGUG